AUGGCAUUAUUUCAAAAGCUUCUCUCAGUUUUCAUUCUUGUUGUUUUAGUCCUUGACCUUGCCAAUGCGCAGGGUUUGAAACUGGGCUUCUAUAGCAAGACAUGCCCAUCUGCUGAGGCCAUUGUCAAACGCACAACUGCUCAAUUCGUUUCACGAGCACCAAGUCUUGCUGCUCCUUUACUCAGAAUGCAUUUCCAUGAUUGUUUCGUUAGGGGUUGUGAUGGUUCUGUAUUACUAAACUCUACAAGGAACAACCAAACCGAGAAAAGUGCAUUUCCCAACCAAAGCCUGAGAGGAUUUCAGGUUAUUGAUGCUGCAAAAUCUGCAGUUGAAAAGAAGUGUCCCGGUGUGGUUUCUUGUGCUGAUAUCUUAGCCUUGGUAGCUCGAGACGCUGUUUCAGCGAUUAAUGGACCAUCUUGGGCAGUGCCUUUGGGACGGAGAGAUGGAAGAGUGUCAAUCUUGUCCGAUGCCUUAACAAAUCUACCAUCUCCUUUUGCCAACAUCACGCAACUAAAAGCAGCAUUUAGCUCAAAGGGUUUGACUGUAAAAGACUUAGGAGUUCUAUCAGGAGCACAUACUAUAGGGAUUAGUCACUGCACUUCCUUCACGAACCGCUUGUACAAUUUUACUGGCAAAGGUGACACUGACCCUGCAUUAGAUUCCAAAUAUAUAGCUCAAUUGAAGAAGAAAUGUAAACCUGGGGAUGCCACUACAUUUGUUGCCAUGGAUCCGGGAAGCCCCAACAAAUUUGAUGCAGAUUAUUACACUCUUGUAUCUAAAAGAAGAGGACUAUUCCAGUCCGAUGCAGCUCUUGUAAAUGACAAUGUCACCGGAGCUUAUGUUAAACUUCAGGCGACUAGUGGAUCUACUUUUUUCAAAGAUUUCGCGGCGGCCAUGGUGAAAAUGGGUGGGAUUCAAGUCCUUACCGGCAACGCCGGUGAAAUCAGAAAACAAUGUGCUUUCAUUAACUAAUUAGAAAGUACAAAGUCAGUACACGAGACUCUUGUGAUUUUUAUUCUCAACUAAUUAUUAGUUAUUUUUUAUUUUUAUUCUUAACUAAUUAUUAGUUAUUUUUCAUUUUAACUUGUAUUUUUUGUUAAGCAGAAUGUCAUUUUUUUUAUUUGGG